AUGUUUAAUAAAGAUAAUAAUACAGAAUCGGAAUUUUAUAAUGUUUUAGAAUAUGCUUGUUAUGAUCAAGAUCAAUGUAAUAAAUUAUUUGUUCAUCAUCAUAUUCAUUGGCUUAAACAAGUUAAUUAUACUAAUUUUCAAACACAUUUAAGAUCAAUUCUUGUUAAUAGUUAUAAUCAUACAGAAUUAAAUUCAAUCUUACAGAUUAUUCAUAUAUUUAAUAACAUUUAUUAG